CUCUCAGCGCCAGGCCCAGUUUCCUUCAAAAUGUCUACUGUUCACGAAAUUCUCUGCAAGCUCAGCUUGGAGGGUGAUCACUCCACGCCUCCAAGUGCAUAUGGGUCAGUCAAAGCAUACACCAAUUUUGAUGCUGAGUGUGAAGCUCUGAACAUUGAAACAGCCAUCAAGACCAAAGGUGUGGAUGAGGUCACCAUUGUCAACAUUUCGACCAACUGCAGCAAUGAACAGAGACAGGAUAUUGCCUUUGCCUACCAGAGAAGGACCAGAAAGGAACUUGCGUCAGCACUCAAGUCAGCCUUGUCUGGCCACCUGGUUACCGUGAUUUUGGGCCUAUUGAAAACACCUGCUGAGUAUGAUGCUUCUGAGCUGAAAGCCUCCAUGCAGGGGCUGGGGACUGAUGAGGAGUCCCUCAUUGAGAUCAUCUACUCAAGGACCAACCAAGAGCUUCAGGAAAUUAACAGAGUCUACAAAGAAAUGUACAAGACUGAUCUGGAGAAGGACAUCGCUUCUGACACAUCUGGUGACUUCCGCAAGCUGAUGGUUGCCCUUGCAAAGGGUAGAAGAGCAGAGAAUGGCUCUGUCAUUGAUUAUGAACUGAUUGACCAAGAUGCUCAGGAUCUCUAUGAUGCUGGAGUGAAGAGGAAAGGAACUGAUGUGCCCAAGUGGAUCAGCAACAUGACUGAGUGGAGUGUGUGUCACCUCCAGAAAGUAUUUGAAAGGUACAAGAGCUACAGCCCUUAUGACAUGCUGGAGAGCAUCAAGAAGGAGGUCAAAGGAGACCUGGAAAAUGCUUUCCUGAACCUGGUCCAGUGCAUUCAGAACAAGCCCCUGUAUUUUGCUGACCGGCUGUACGACUCCCUGAAGGGCAAGGGGACUCAUGAUAAAGUCCUGAUUAGAAUCUUGGUCUCUCGCAGUGAAGUGGACAUGUUGAAAACUAGGUCUGAACUAAAGAGAAAGUACGGCAAAACCCUGUACUACUACAUCCAGCAAGACACGAAGGGCGACUACCAGAAAGAGCUGCUGUACCUGUGUGGUGGGGAUGACUGA